AGGAGCAAUGGGGAACACCUUGUCCUGUUGUGUAUCGCCCGGCGGCAGCCCUACGCUUUCGGGGCGCAGUGGGCUUCGAGGUCAGGAGCUGCGGCACCAGGAGCGGAUUGACGCCUAUCGGGUAGAGGCGGAGCUCAGGGAACCCGAACACAGCCCCGGAACCAACCUGCAGCACAUCAGUGAUAGGGAAGCACCGGAGGAUAUGAACUUUGAAUCCAACCCUUCUGACCACCCAAGGGCCAGCACAAUUUUCCUGAGUAAAUCACAGCCAGAUGUGAGAGAGAAGAGGAAGAGUAACUACAUAAACCAUGUAUCUCCUGGUCAACUCAGUAAAAAAUACAGUUCAUGUUCAACGAUAUUUAUUGAUGACAGCACUGUAAGCCAGCCCAACCUGAAAAGCACAAUUAAAUGUGUUACUCUUGCAAUUUAUUAUCACACAAAGAACAGAGAUUCAGACAGAUCAAUAGAUAUUUUUGAUGAGAAACUGCAUCCAUUGACUAAAGAAGAAGUGCCAGUAGAUUAUUAUAAACGUGAUCCAGAACAUAAGCAUAUAUACCGGUUCGUACGGACUCUCUUCAGUGCUGCCCAAUUGACUGCUGAAUGUGCAAUUGUAACAUUGGUUUAUCUAGAAAGGUUGCUAACAUAUGCUGAGAUAGAUAUUUGCCCCAGUAACUGGAAACGGAUUGUACUGGGUGCCAUCCUGCUUGCUUCCAAGGUAUGGGAUGAUCAGGCAGUCUGGAAUGUAGACUACUGUCAGAUUCUAAAAGACAUGACUGUCGAGGACAUGAAUGAGAUGGAAAGGCAGUUCCUAGAGUUGCUACAGUUUAAUAUUAAUGUUCCUGCUAGUGUUUAUGCCAAAUAUUACUUUGAUCUCCGCUCUCUGGCAGAUGACAACAAUAUGAACUUCCCCUUGGAACCACUCAGCAAAGAGCGAGCACAAAAACUGGAGGCAAUCUCCAGGUUGUGUGAGGACAAAUACAAAGACAUGAGCAAAGCUGCUAUAAGGCGAUCGCUUAGCGCUGACAAUUUGAUAGGAAUUAGUCGUUCUAAUGCUAUCCUCUCAUAGGCCAGAGACUUUUCCAUCAGCAUAUCAUGUACCAGCAAAGACGGUGUCUUCCGAUUGGGCAACUGAAUCUGCCUACAACUAAAACCAAGUUGCAGCUCCUGGCCUUAAAGAGCACAUUUAGGAGAUUAAAUGCUGGCUGUCUCACUACAAGGCCCUUCUGAGAGAAGAGAGGGGAAAAUAGUGUUUUGACACUACACUGAUGCAGUGAUGUACAACCUGCAGUGUGGAGAAUUUUAUGCUUACUAUGUAGGCCUGUAAUUGAGGAGUACCUCAAGCUUUUAUUUGUUCUAAUUUUAAGAAAUAACACCCAAAACAAAUUGAAAUCAUGUGAAGUGAAUUUUACAGGUAGGUUGGGACAACAGUAGCCCUCACAAGUGUAAACUUAUUUGGAAUGGGGUAAACUACUUAUUCUGUAUGAAGAAAGAUUAACAAAGAUUUCUUUUAGGCAAAAGAUCUCUUUAAAACAGAGGAUUGACUAUAAAUAGGGUGUAGCCACAGAUGUGUACUUUAAAACUCAGAGAUUUUCUUCCUUCUCGACCCUACCCUGCCCAAACCUCUGAAUAUAAUUUUUCUCCAAUUGUUUGGUAUUUAUAGUAUUUCCAAGCAUAUUGGGAAAGUUUGCAAAAUUUUGCAUUUUCUUAGCACCUUUUACAUGGUAAAAGUAUUUUCAAGCAACAUGAUCCACUUUGGAGAAGUGACCAGAAGCUUCAAAAGAGAGUCUUAAAGGAGAGGUAGGGUGAUUAAGAGAGAGCAUUCCCUUCCUUAAGAGUCUACAGUUGAAAUGUCACGUAUUUCUAACUUGUCCAGCCUCCUGUUACUUGCCUCUUUUUAAUUACAAUGCCAUUGGUGUCCAAAAAUAAAGCAGUGGGAAAACUACUGGAAAUCUAAAAUAAAAAUGAAAGAUGCAGAAACUACUCAGCUGGUUGGUCAGCAUCUGUGGGAAAAGAAUUAACAUUAUCACCCAAUGACCUAUAAUUCUUUUAUAUGUUGUUUCAAACAGUUUUACCCCAAACGCUGGGCCUUUACUCUGUAACCAGCCUGAAGUAAAACUGUGAUACCCUGGGGUAGAGUUCCCAAAGAAACAACUAGGAAGUGACCAGAAGAUGUAGCAUUUUUACCAUUCCCCCCCACCCCCCAAAUUGAUUUAAAUAAUUAAUUUUGUGAAAUGUACCUAGGAAAGAAAAGGUAAAAUUAAAAGUCACUUCACUCGUCAUGCCCAAGGGUUUCAGCCCACGUUCAACUCAUUCAGCUACUCAAAGUAACAGAUUAGCAGUUUAGUACCCUCACUCUGGUUGUGGAUACUACUUGGCAUCAGUUGCAAUCCCGCUAAGACGAUGCAUUAUUCUCUGAAGAGAUGCAGCUGAAAACAUAUGGUGUAAGAAUUUACACCACAGAAACAUUCAGCCUUUCUGAUCUAUGCUGGUGUUAAUACUCAUAUAAGAACCUCCCAGCUUGCUCACCUUAGUUAUAAGUCAGUCCCUUCUCCACCUUGCCUCCCCUUGAGCAUGUCUGUUUUAUUCUUUAGUAUAGCAGACUUGUACAACAAUUUCUCUCCAUUGCAAGGAUGAGGAAGACCUUUGACCUUGUUUUGCAAAACUGGAAACAUAUCUGCACCCAACCAUUAACUGAUAUUAAAGCUGUCCAUCAACUGUUAUUUCUGCUGAGCAACACCUAUAUCAUAAGUUACUAAUAAAACAAUGUUUCUUAUAAUUAAAUAAUCACUUUAAUUGAGGGGUUUUCAACUUUUUAUGCCAUAGACCAAUGCCAUUUAGUCAGGGUUCGUGGACCCCAGGUUGGAAACCCCUGCUUUGAUUGGUGCAGUCCCGUCACUUGGAACAAAUCAAGUACUAAAUUCACUGUAACCUGUUUACAUUUAACUCAACAUAUUCCUUUUUCAAAAUGAAAUCAUUUAGUUUUCAUUUGCACCAUUGUCAACAAAAUUUUGCAGUUCACAAUAUUCUGAACUCAAAGUUGAAAGCACAUGGCAUGUUUUAGUGAUUAAGACGAUACAGUGAUUUUUUUUUAAAAGAAAGAUGGUUUGCAUAUAAAUAAGGUCACUGAUGUUCACAUGUGAGCCAUAGAAAUGUGGGGUAAAAUAUAAUCUCCAAAACUCAGGUAAUAAAAAUGAGAGUGUUUAUUCACCAUCAACUAGAGCUCCUUGUAAUAAACUGUUAAAACAUGACUUGUGCUUUUACUAUUGGGUUCCCAUCGCCACACUGUCAUCUUCUCUUAUUCCAUCAAUGCUUGGGAGUAAAUACAAAUAGAUUCUUUCCCUUGAGCACAGAGCACCAAACUUCAAUUGUCCUUCCCCCUUCAAACCCAGAGACCCAAUUGAAGUUGAAGUUCUCUUUUUUUUUUGUUGUUGUUGUCGUAAACAAGAAACCUCUAUUAAACUGUAUACACUUCCACAAGACAUUUUGAUCUUUAGUGUUUUUUAAACUUGAAGAGAAGUGAGAAUUUACAUACGUGAUGAGGCCAAUGUAAAAGGGUUAAACAAGCACGGCAGGGGGGGCAAAAUUAGCAUUUUUGAUUUGAGAUAGCAAUGAGAUUUUAUGCAAGGGUAAUUUUUUCAAACAGCUCUGCAGCAUAUUUCAAGAUAGGUGACAUGGACUUGCUGACAUUGAGUACAACGAGUUUGUCCAGAGACGGUGAGCAGUAAUUCCCCUACUUUUGGUCUCCAGAUCCAACUGAGUGUUCCAUUUGUGAAGACAUCAAAAUGUUAAAAACAUAUGCUGAUUAGUACAGUCAAAGAAACAAGGACAAUCUCCAGACAUUAAGAGUAGUUGCAGUACAAUGACUUCUGAAUACUUAGUCUGUCCGAUUAGAAAUGUCUGUAGAGAAACCCUGCAACUAAUUAAGCCAAUAUUUUCAAAGGCAACAGUUAAAGGAAAUGUGUAUCCACCUGAAAGUGAGGCAAACACACUGAACCCCCAUGAACAAUGUGUGAUGUAUAGCUGAAUGGUAACCAUAUGUAUAGUGUAAAUGACCCAGUAAUAAAUGCAUUUUGAAGCCUUGAAAAAUAACACCGUUCCCCAGGUAACCAGGACAUAUUGUGUUGCAUUGGUUUUGCAGAAUUCUUAAUAAAUGAGCGAUUUAUGAGUAAAUAUGCAGUUCCAUCAGCUAGUUGAAACCGGCACAGGAUAUUAAUCUAAAUAUCAGACCAGAUUUGGCAAUGGACCUUUCUCCGUGGAGUAGCUGUUAUGGAAUGCAGACUAUAAAUGGCCUUAGUUAUAACACUGCAGCCAAGGCUGAAGGGACAUUCGAGGAAAACAUUCCAGUACAAAGGUGAUCUUUCCCAAAGGGAUUUGAGAGCAUCACAGUUUUGCCUGGAUCAGUUCUGCACAUACUUCCUGAAUAGAAAGAUAUGGCAUACCCAUGAGCUGAAACCCAAUGAUAGAGGCCCCUUUACUAAAAUCCAUAAUGUAUUUUACACUGUUACUGGUAUUGGUGGUAAUGUAGCAGUUAAUGACGUUACAGUUCAGGGCGUUAGAAUUCGGAGUUCAGUUCUGAUGCUGUUCUAUAAGGAGUCACUAUGCAUCCUCCCCAUGGAAUGCCUGGAUUUUCUCUGGAUUGUCCAGUUUCUCCCACAGUCCAAAAGCAUACCGGCUAUGUUAGUUGGUCAUUGUAAAUUAUCACGUGAUUAGCUUAAGGUUAAAUUGGGUUGUCUGGCAGUCUAAAUAAAAACCACCUUUUUGAUUUUUCAAAGGUUUGCGGUGACAGGUAGCACCAGCUUGCACUUACAUAGCAAAAUAUCCCAAGGCACUUAGUAGCAGAAUCAGAAAAUAGAACAUUGAAGGGUACAGCACAGGAACGAGACCUUCGGCAAAUUGUAUUAUGCAAAUCUAAUUAAACUAUUAAUCAAAUGCCAACUAAACUGAUCUUUUCUGGCUACAUGAUGUCCAUAUCUCUAUUUUAUUUGCCUCCACCAACACCCCAGGCAACUAACACUCUUCUUGCACAUCUCCUAUGAACUUGCUUCCUCUCACCUUAAAUGCAUUCCCUCUUGUAUUAGACAUUUCAUCUCUGAGGUGGGGGAAUAUACUGUCUAUGCCUCCUAUAAUCCAAUAAAACACUCUCAGAUCUCCCCUCAGCUUCCUCUGCUCCAGAAAAAAAAUCUUAAAUUUGCUCAACCUCUCCUUAUAGCACAUGCCUUCUAAUCCAGGAAGUAUUCUGUUAAAUCUCUUCUGCACCCUCUUCAAAACCUUGACAUCUUUCCUAUAAUGGGAGUGACCAGAAAUGAAUGCAAUACUCCAGAUGUGGCCUAAAUGGAGUUCCAUUAAGCAGCGACAUAGUUCCUGACUCUUGAACUCAGUUCCUCGACUAUUAAAGGCAGACAUGUAACACCACUCUAUUAACCUGUGUAGCCACUUCCAGAGAGCUGUGAACUUGAACCCCAAGAUCUCUUUGCUGAUCAGCACUGUUAAAGGAUCUCAUCAUUAACAGUGUACUGUCUCUUUACAUUUAAUCUCUCCAGGUACAACAUUUCACAAUUGCCUGGGUUAAAUUCCACCUGCCAUUUAUCCACUCAUAUCUGCAUCUGAUCUAUAUCCCACUGUAUUCUUUGCCUGCCUUCUAUACUAUCCACACCACCACCAAUUUUCUCAUCUGCAAACGUACUAACUCACCCAUCUAGAUGGAUGAAAACAUAAAUUUUUAUAUAUAUAUAAAAUAUAGACAUAAUAUCACAGGUCCCAGUACAGAUCCCUGCAGACCAUCACUAGUCACAAAUCUCCAGCCACAAAAAUUUCCAUCAACCACUACACUCUGUCUUUUAUGGCAAGCCAAUUCUGAAGCCAAAUGGUUAAUUCAGUGUUGAACUGAUGCAUUUUAAUUAUACAUUAAAAUUUGAGAACAAUCCACUUUUUGGAAAGUUAGAGAAGAUGACCGAUAGCCUGAUGGAAGUAGUAGUUUUAAUGGGGCCUCCUCUUUGGGGAGGAGAGCUGAGGAAAUAUUUGAUAUAUCUUGUUGGAUAGCUUCUACCAUGGAAAGGCAUAAUUUUUGUGUGAAAGUUAUGAAAAAUGUUAAGGGAUGGGAAAAAACUUGCAGGGGAAUUUCUGAAUCUUGAGAUGCAUAUUUCCAUUCCCAUCCUCCACCAUACUCCAGAAAUGAUUAAUAUUUAUAGUUAAACUAGUCUAAAAUGCUGUCUGAUAGUGAGCACAUUUAUUGUCUCUUAUCUCCUUCAGUAGCCCAUGGUGAUGCAAACUGAGCCAACGUCUAACUGACUAUUCAUUUAACACCCUCCUUCAUUGUGUACUGUUGAUUUUAAGCUUAUUUGAUAGGAUUGUUUUGUUGAGGCUCAUGCUGCAUCUACAUUUGGGACACCAAUGGUCAGUGGAAGCAAUAAUCCUCUAUGUACUAAUCCUUGUAAAAUACUAUUUUAAUAUAAAAAAAAUUAUAGUUUUAUAAACAGGUCUACAUUGCAUACUUUUUUACCGAUGAGUUAACAAGGUAUAUCUUGCACUCUAUCACUUGUGUGGUUAUAACCUGUAACCAGUGGGGAAGUUUGCUGUUGAUUGUGUGAAAGGCUUGGAAAUUGCCUUUAGGAUGUUGUAAGAAGCAUUUUGUAGCAUAUACAAUGUAUUCAGAAGUAGAAUGGAUUUCUUUAAAUCGGAGAGACCCUGUGAUUUGCAUUAGUUCUGUGUUCUGUCAUAUGAGAAUUGAUGUGCUUGAGGUGUGUAUAGCCAGUCUUUGCUGAUUUACUAAUUGCCUUGUUUUCUAUACAACUUACUGAAGUGACUACUGAUUUGUAGAGUUUACAUUUAUCGUUCUCCUUGCAGGCUUACAGUAUGGCAAUGUCUGCUUGUCCAUAAGCAGGGGGACCACACUUGCUCCCCACUUAAUUACCUGUUGACAAAAGCAAUUUCAACACAGUAAUUAGGAUUUUGAAACUCAACCCCUAAUUUAUUCUUUUACCAAUGAGCAUUAAGUAUUGGCGUGCAAGCUAGUGCUCACAUACAGAACAGUGAUUAUAUAAGAAAUCUAGAAGCUGUCAAAAUGUGCUUUCCAGCCAGCAACUCAAAGAGUUAAGGUCCUAAAGGAACUUUCACUGGUCUCCAAUAUUUGCAUGCCUGUUAAGAAUAUUGGAAAAUCUUGCAAAACUUCAUUUUUAUACCCUUCUGGGUGUUUGGAGCUGUUGUAUGUUGGAGAUGACUAGAAUUUUGGCAAUCCCUAAGUGAAAAAAAUUGUGCCAUUGACCAAGAAUCUAAUUCAAGAUCUCUGGGUUCUGCCUGUGUUUUUGUGUGAUAUCCCUUAUCUGCAGGAAUAUUGGCACAGGGUGUGAUGAGGUAAAGACGUGCUACAUUUUAAAAUCCCCUUUAAUCCUCUUCAUGCUUGAAUUUACAAACAUUGCAUAACCCAACAUUUUGAAUUGUGUAAAAUGGAGGUGUAGAGAUUUAAUUUUAGAUUUUUGCAUGUAGAUGGUGAUAAUUUAGCAAAAUUAACAUUUAAUAUGAUUCGGCUUUGCAAUUCAGAAGAAUUUUAGCCGCACAAAAAUAUAGAUGACCUCAGGUAAUUUUUAACUGUUUUGUAAUGGUUGCCCACGUGUUACCUUUUCCUUUAAUACGUUUUGAGAAGUGUUUAAUCACUUGAAUCUGGCCUUGGUGUGGUGAUGUAUUUGUGAUACCUUGUAGGAUCUGGUUAGGAUAACUUUGCUUUACUACAAUGAGAUGAAAAUUUAUAGCACACCUUAUGGCCUUUCUGUAUCUGUCAAGGUCCAGUGGAAUCUGUGCCUUGCUUUUACAUCUUGAUCUUUUCUCUUGCUUCUUCCCAAAGAUAUCCUAUGCCACCUUGUUAUUUUGUAAUGGAAAGCUAUUGGCACCUGACAUUACUUUUUCUUUCUUCAGCAAAGAACUUUAAUUCUCCUUAACCAGUUUUUCUGCAGAAUACACCAUAGGUAAUCUGAGUCUAUGAACAAUCCAUGUUUAAAGUACUAAUACAUUUUUAAAACUGCUUGAAUGCUUCUUUGUAUAGGUUUUUGAAGGUGUUGUAACAUUAUGAAGUGAUUGAUAAAUUAGCAUCAACAUUUAUCUAAAAAUGUUUAAGACAUGUAUGCUUUUGUAUUUCCUGACAUUGUGACUUUUCCUUUCACUCAAAGUAUUCCAUUUUAUUUUCUUGCUGCAGUGGAAAUACUUUACAGAAUGUUAUUAGAUUAAGUUAUUGAAAUCACUGCAAGCCACUGUUGCUUUGCUUCCUGUUUAAUAGGCUUUUCAUUGGCAUAAAAGUGAAUGCAAGCAAAUAUAUUUAAGGGAGGAAAAGUUAAGACUUCGAGUUUACACAUCCAUUCUACCUCCAAAGAAUCUGUUUACUGGAAUCCUAAUGCAGUGUAGCAAUUUCUGUAAAUGGCCAGAUAUCAGCAGUUCUCCAUUUUAUCAAAAAAAGUUGAUCAAUUAUUGGAACACAAAUAAGCAGGCUGAACGGAGUCUUUAGGCUUUGCAGUAUCUAAUGUGCACUUACUUGUGUAUUUUGUGUCCAACUAUUAUAAGCAAGUUGUUGAGAUCACCAUGUUGAAGGUGAGGGAGGGGAAUUCAAUUGUAAGUUUGUCAGAGAAGAACAUUGAGGAUAUGUAGCGGAAAAAGCCAGGGAUCAAAUCAAAUUGAACAGAUCUUUUUAAAGAUCUGUCAUACUCAUGAUGAGAUGAAUGACCUCCGAAUUUACCAGCUGAUGUGCAUAUGUAUUCAAGUCUUAUCUAGAAUUGUGAAGUGUUUCAACACUACCACUGGCUGGUAUAAGCCAGCAGUUAAGUAAGCCUUAGUAAUUCUUACCCUAUUUUUUAAAAAUCUUAUAAUAAAUACUGUUGCAUAACUAUUGGACAAAUGCGUAUAGUGCAACUCUGGCUUUGUCAAUCAUUGGACACAUUCAGUUAACUACUUGAAUUUUGAUCUCAGUUCACCAAAUAUAAGUUCCCUCAAGGGUAAUAGCACAUCAAUAAACCAAAGUGACUAAUUAGGGAUCAAUUAGAAAAAAGUUGCACUGUUUUGUUCUGUAGAUUUAUGGGUUAAUAUCCAUUGGUCUUUGUUGAGGUCAUCCUAUUCAGCAAUGAAAAGGGUCCAAUGUAUUCAUCAACCCCAUUGUGACAGCUUAUGCACUAGUUGGCAUGCGAAUUUCCUCCCUUUUUAUCCAUUUUAAACCAAUGUAUGGAAACUGUUAAAGCAAGCAGAUUGCCAUCUUAGCAAGUCAGGCAGCAUCUAUGGAAGGGAAUACACAGAUAAUGUCUCGGACCUUGGGCAACACACACCAAAUGCAGGAGGAACUCGGGCUGAGUUUUGGUGUGUUGCUUGAGAUGUCCAGCAAGGUAUGGAGUAUCUUGUACAAAGAAUGCCAUCUUAUCCACCCGUUGUACUGGGAACUGUUUUACUGGUUUAGAACUUGACAGCAGUGAAGUCAGUUGAGACAAAGUCAAGUCUACAAAUGUUAGAAAGGUGAAAUUUAACAAAGUGUUUGGAAUAUUUACCAGGUCAGACCUCAUUUGCACUGAGAAAGAAACAUUUCUAAGAAUCUUUUGUCAGAACAGUUGAGUGUACAUGUGGCCUACGUGGCCCAGACUGUUGAGUAUUUCUGUAUUUUCCCUUUUCAGUCCACUUAGUCAUCCUACUUCCUUAAGCAGUGGCAGGUGAGCGGGAAGAAUUAGACAGGGGAUACUCUGGUUAUAUAAUUACUUUCCCUGAUAUUAAUCCAUUACUUUAAAAGUAGCUCGAAUAUUCUCUCUGUAGAUACUCUUUUAAUCCAUCUUUAUUUAAAAUUUUCUUGCAGUUUUGAAUUAUAGCUUACAGCAUUCAUAUUCCCAGCCUGUUGUGGCUAUUGACUGCUCAGUUACUCAUUAACUGCCCUAAUCAGCUGCAAUCUGUUCUAUUGUUGCAUCAAGAUAGUCACUCCUAGUUGUACCUUGUUUCAUAACUUCAUGUGCAGCCAGUGUUGUUAAAAAUUGCGCAGCUCCAGUUGCCAACUCUUGAUCGAUUACCGGACGUUUUGCCAUAUGAUCUCUUACCUUAAGUCAGUUUGACUUUUUCUCACCCUCCCUUCUUUAAGUAAAUAAGAACUCCUAAAAUAAAAAUUUUAAAGCUGACUGUGAUCUUACUCUUGGGAGUUGCUCAUGGCUUACAGCUCCAGAUUCCAAGGUGUACCUGAAGAUUUGGCAAUCCUACCUGCAGCUAGCAUUUUGCAUGUGUAAUGUAAACUGGAGAGGGACAGAGAAGUGUUGUAGAACACUGCAACUUUAAAUAAACUGUUCAGAUGCUGCUACCAAACUUUACUUGGCAACUCUUGUGAAAUCUUGGUUUAUAUUUCUGCAUCUCAAGUAGAAUUUCUGUAACUAUGUGAUUUUUAAACUUAUGUAAUAUAUGCAUACAGUAUGUGUAUAUAUAAUGGUAGAAUAAUAUAUAUCUGCAAAUUAUGGUUUGUAACUAAUGCAAACAUAUUUUAUAAAGAGUUUUAAAGGAGUUUAUAAUUCAACUUUUUUUUUGUUUUAUAGCUGAGAAUGGUGUGAUUGUGGAUAUUAUAUAAUUUGUAAUACCCCAGGCUGCCCUACUAACAAAAUCUAAUGUAAUAGUUGGUGAAAAGAUGAUAAAGCUGUGAACAGCUCAAAUAUUAGCCAUCGAGUAAAUCAGUAUU